UAAUGUAAACAUUUUUUAAUCAGAUUUUCCCAUGCCUUCAUGAUUUCAAAUGUCAGGCGAUCAUAAUGACGAACUUCCCCCUUUACUUCUAGAAAAAGAAGUUGCUGACUUCCUGAAGUCCUCAUGGAGGGGAGAUCAGGAGGUUGAAGAUGAGGACGGGGUAGGGAGCAAGAUUUUUGACCGGCUGUUGAAGUGCCUUGGUACACCACCCACUGUCACGACGUUACGAGUCAACACACUCGCAGCAGAUAAACAUGUGGUCGCAAAACAGCUAAAAUCAGAGCUGGAAAAGCAAUAUAAUGAUCGAGGUAGCAACCCCCCUCCCAUUGUUCUCCACCCCGCACUGAAAGAUGUCCUGGUUAUACCUAGCAGAGGACCAAACCCACGACCACCGGAGGUGGUGAAGGAGGUGAUUGUUGACCUGGCAUGUGGGAUGGCCGUGUUAAGAGGGGCGGACGUCUUUGUGCUGGGCAUCAUGGGAGCCCCUGGUUACCUUCAAGCCGGCGAGACAGUGGCAGUGUAUGCCGAUCUAGAGGGUCAGUGCCGGAAGGGCCUGAAGGAGGAGUAUCGGGAACGCAAAAUCUAUGUGGGGUGUGGGGUCAUGCAGCUUAGCAGGGACCAGAUGUUUUGUUCAGCUCAGGUUAAACUCAGGGGUGUUGGAAUCAAGAUGACCCAACCUCUGUAUGAGGCUCCAUCCCUGGAUGACGUCUUGCCAGAACUGUUGUUUGCCCAAAACUUGCCGUCUAUCGUGUGCUGCAUGGUGCUCGACCCUCAACCCGGGGAAACUGUUAUUGACAUGUGUGCCUCGCCUGGCGGUAAAACCAACCAUAUAGCUACACUUAUGAACAACGAGGGUAGAGUUGUAGCGUUGGACAAGACGGCUAUGAAGGUGGAAAAGGUUACAAACAACCUUGCCCGCUGGAACCUCACCUGUGUAGACGCAUACACAUUCGACUCCACAAAGUGUUCAGAUGAAAAUGCAGAUAUAUCAGGCACUCCACCCUACCCACCAGGCAGCUUUGACCGUGUAUUGUUGGACGUCCCCUGCAGUGCUCUCGGACAGCGACCCUCUGCACGUAACAGGAUGACCCUCAAAUCCCUACAGUCCUACUCAACUUACCAGCGCAGGUUUAUAGAAGCUGGUGUAAAAUUAUUGAAGCCCGGAGGCACCCUGGUGUACAGCACAUGUACGAUCACCAUGGAGGAAAAUGAGCACCAGGUGGCUUGGAUGCUGGAUAAAUAUCCAGACCUACAGUUGGAUGAACAGCACCCACACCUAGGAGACACGGGGAGGCCUUGUAAGGGCCUCACAGCUACGCAACUCUCCCUCCUACAGCGCUACGACCCCACGAGUGACACGAGCCAAUCCAAGUACUUCACGGACAAUGAUACCAUAGGAUUCUUUAUAGCUAAAUUUGUGAAGAAAAAGGAGAUGGAUUCAUGAAAUAAAAGUAUUCACACUAGCUUUAAAUUAUUAUUGAUUUUUGUUGUUGAUUUGAAAGGGCCUCGUUCAUGCUUUGUAGGGUUGGCUAUCGAAAAAUAAAAUUACGUGAAAAUGUGAAAAAAAUGCUUGUAACAAUUUUUUUAAAUCGUCAGGCCCCAAUAUCACAUUAAAUACUCGAGUCAAAUCUUAAUCUUAAAUACUCGAGUCAAAUCUUAAUCUCAGCUCAAUUUACCACAUGAAAGCAUAGUGUGAAUAAAAUUUUUACAUGUUUUUAUACUUUUUUUGAAACCAUAUUAUCUUAUAAAAAUGUGAUUAUCUUAUGGAAGGUGUUGACUGUUUUUGGAAAUAUUUCAAAGAAAUCUAAUUCUAAAGCAAAGAAUAUACUUGAGUAAUUCUUAAAAACCAAUAAAUUGUACUCAAAUAUAUAUUUGGCUGUACAAUUGUUUUCCUUUGGAAUCAUGACCAAGGUGUUAACCAGCAUAUUCUAUAAUGGAAUGGGCUAUUAAAAGGUGUAAAAAAACAUACAUGAUUUUUAAUAGCUUUUGAUGUUAGGUGGAAAAAUGAGUUGUAACUGUGACUGCGAUGCUGAGAUGUGACUUGAGUAUUUUCGUGUUAUAGGGCCGGGAUGUUAAAUCAAAGAACAAGUGUAAACUAUUUUUAAAAAAUGACAGAAAAUACUCGAUUUAGUCGAAAAGUGUUAAUAACACUUUUGAAAAUUUAAUCACUUUAGCCUAGGUUUCGAUUUGCACAAUUCUGUUUGAACCAGUUUAUGUCAGUUGUCGUUUGGUGUGUUCCAAAAUACUUUGCCAUCAUUAAGUCGCUUGAAGCCUUUUUUCUGCUGAUUUUUUUUAAGUUAUGUCUGUAUAAGUUAUAAUAAAUUAAUUUAAUUAUUUUUAUGACUCUUUAAAUGUGCUGAUACAUAUUAAACAAAUUAAGUGCUUAUUCACAUACACAAUAAACUUUACGCAGUAGACUUUAAUACCACAGUAUUUAAUAUCUAAAUAAUUCAAGUUUAAUUUUAACUGCAUUGCACAGUUACACUGUAUAUGUAUUUGUAACAGUUACACCUGCUGUAAAUGCUAGUGGAAAAAAGAAACUGUGCCUUAUAUGAAAUUUGUAUGAAUAUGCAUGAAGCGUUUCGAUGAUUACAUAACGUUUACCCCAACUGUUUGAAACAUAAAUAUAACUAUGAUACAGGGAGGUAUUACAUGAAAGUCUGACAAUUUACAGAAUUAAGUAGUCUUAAAAAAAUGCUAUUUCUGGGGUUAGUUCAGAACUGGUAUAAUUUUGCAUCCACAGUUUCUUUAUUCCCCUAGUAUAAUAUAACAUUGCUAUGAGCGUGGUUUUAAGACAUUUGUAUGCUAUGGACUAAUUGUUAUAUUGUAAAUUUGAGAGAGGUUAAGUAGUAAAGGUGUCCACCCCUCAAUCAAGAGGAUGUGACCUCAAUCCCAAUUAUGGGUACAUUCUCAUGUCUUCUUAAAAUUGACAACAGUACUGGCUUUUACCCAGGAAACAGAAUCUAGACUGAUUCUAUAAGCUAUCACUUUUUGUCACAAUCAAAUAAAAGAUUAGUAUACACUUAUUCAACUUUAAAUUUAUAGAAUAUGCAAGCAAGUAAACAUAUUUCACUGUUCAUAUGAAGUGGUUGUAAAAAACAAAUUAGCAAGCCCUGGGCUGAUAAACGAUUUCCUGGCCUGCUCAAAUUCUUUAUCUCAUAUAGCAAAGCUAUACAUCCUUUCAAUGAAAAUGUAAGUGUUUAAGGAUUUAAAAUACAAAAAAUAUUGCAGAAAUUUGUUGAAUAACAGUGUAAGAUCAAAGUUUAUUUCACCGAAUGAUCCCAGACAGCAAUAUUGUCAAAAACGCAGUGAACAUAAAACUCUGUGAUCAUGAAUGAUAUAAUUUUGAUUUUGCACCAAAUAUUUUGUUUCUUUUAUGACUAUAUGUUAAGGGCUAUUCCAGUAAAACAUAUAACCCACAGGGGGAAGGCAAUUAUUUUCUUAGUUAAUCUUUAAUUUGCUGAAUGGGUAAAUUUGCUUCUGUAGGGGGGUGAUAUAAAAAGUGCCUUAUCCCCGGGGGGUUAUAUGUUUAGGAAAAGCCCUAAAGAAAUUUCAACUUAGUUUAUUAUGAAUGAAAUUUGGGAAGAAAGUAAGCCCCUCAGAUACUGAAAUUUGUUUGAUAUGAUUUACGAUUCGAAAAUGAAGUGAGAAAAAUAUUUUUGUAACAUCAUUUGGAAAAAUUAACUCUGCAUAGUGUAUGCUACGUUAACUUUCUUAAAUAAUAUGACAACCAAAUUCUGUAUCAUCAAAACGCAUAAAAACAUGCAAUUCACACAGACAUUAAUACUUGCAGAAAUAUAUGCACUUUUCCAUACAACUCAGCACAAGACACAGUUGUCAUGUUCUGCACUUUAUCGUCUAAUUCCAUAUAUCUUGCCUUUUUUAUUUCAUCACUUUUUCUACAAGCAUGAUUACCGGUGUACUAAAUUUCAUGACUUUUUUGUAAUCCUAAAUGUCUUUGAGUGUUCAUUAUUCUGUAAUGUUGUCAAUUGUUCUAUGCAAUAAAUUGUGUAUUUCAUU